AUGGCUUUAUGGUCACAAUGUGGCGGUCGUGCAUGCGCACACGUCCAUGGCCUCUCAGCUGAGCUGUAUUAUGUCCGUAAUGGAGUGCUCAACGAAUACGCUCUCAACUUCAUCGUCCCGGUACCGGCCACGAUGAAGGAACUCCACUUCACCUGGCAGAGUCUGACCAGUCGGCCUGUCUCCUAUUCGAUGACAGUCGAAAGCCAGGAUGACGGGGCGAUGCUUCCGGCCAAGUUCAAUAUAUCAGCUUUCGGCGCCAUACCGACCACUGUCCAGACGUGGUCCGUGACCCUGCCUUGCUCAGGACUUUAUGACGCCGAAGUAAAUCUGGUCAUCUCCCUCAACGUCACGUUGGGGAGGAACAAUGUCACUCAAUUGAACUUCAGGAGGAAAAAGAUCUGUCUAAGAGAUUUAUCAGAAAACAGCUCCGGCGUGAUACAGGAUGGGACCAGACCAGAAGCUCCUGCAGCGGUAUACGUUGCUAUCAGUUGUGUCUGUGCUCUUGCUACUCUCCUAGCAAUAGCACUUCUGGCAUGCUACCUAAGGACUAAUAAAGAAACAAUGCAUCAGACUGGCAGAUUAUUGAGAGAAUCUCGCCUCGGUUCUAGCAGCAGUGGUCCGUUCCUGACUCCAGCUCCGGUCCUCAGUUGUGGCUCCUCGAGUGGAAGCUGUGCAAGCUCGAGGCAUCGCACGACUGCCAACAUACCUCCAUCCAACCCUGCGGACUUACAUCACAGGAUAGCCCAGCUUACUGUUCAAAGGUGCAGAGUAAGGCUAAGAAGCAUUGUGCUUGAAGGAACAUUCGGCAGGGUCUACCGAGGAACUUAUACUGAAGAGGAUGGCCUCGAAGAAGAGGUUCUUGUUAAAACGGUUACAGAUCAAGCUUCAUCUAUCCAGAUAUCUUUGCUCCUUCAAGAAGGAAUGGCCAUGUAUGGUUUGAGUCACAAAAACAUUCUCUCUAUUCUUGGCGUUUCUAUCGAAGACCACACCGCACCUUUCCUCAUAUAUCCGCACCAGGGAUACACUAAUCUGAAGAGGUUUCUUCAAAAAUGUAAGCUGUGUCCCGAAGGUGUGGCUCAUACAUUGACUACACAGGAAGUAGUAGACAUGGCUCUCCAAAUAAUUUCCGGAAUGCAGUAUUUGCACAAAAAGAGGCUCCUUCAUAAAGAUUUAGCCACAAGGAACUGUGUUGUUGAUGACAAACUAAGAGUUCAAAUAACAGACAAUGCUCUAUCGAGAGAUCUGUUCCCCGCUGAUUAUCAUUGCCUCGGUGAUAACGAGAACAGACCUGUCAAAUGGCUAGCGAUAGAGAGCCUUACACUCAAAUCAUUCUCCACAUUCUCAGAUGUUUGGUCAUUUGGAGUGCUACUCUGGGAAUUGACGACUUUGGCACAACAGCCUUAUGUCGAAGUUGAUCCAUUUGAAAUCGCUGCUUACCUUAGAGAUGGUUACCGGUUGGCUCAACCUGUAAACUGUCCGGAUGAACUGUUCGCUGUUAUGGCUUACUGCUGGGCUAUUUGUCCGGAAGAUCGACCGACAUUUUCCCAACUCCAAGUUUGCUUACAAGAAUUUUAUGCCCAGCUGACAAGAUAUGUUUAA